AUGAGGAAACUCUAUAAGAAAGUCAUAAACAAAGCACAUUUACAUAGACGGGGCGCAGGAGUAGUAGACGCCGGCAAUAAAGAUGAGACGGACGAUGCUGACCGCAGCCUUGCGACAGAAGCUGAGCGCCCUUCAACAGAAGUCCAUCACGAUGAUAAAUCCCAGAAUGCCUCUCUUCCUAUUGAAAACCCUUUUGAUGAAGCAUUGAAGAAGCUUCAGACCCGACAACCAUGGGAAGAAGCUUACAAUGCUGUUCAAGAAAGCCAUCCGGAUUUAUUCAAUGCGUACACUCGGGCUUUACUUGAAUGGGGUGGCCAUACAGGAGAUGAGGCCCUGGACCGAAAGCAAGAAGUGCAAGCCCUUGCUCAGGAACAACUUAAAGUGUGGCAGUCAGAGCAAUUUCGCUUGUCAUUCAAUGGAAAAGACAUCAUUGUUGGAGAAUUGGCGAGAAAGGUUGUCGGAGUUGUGCUUUCUGUUAAAGAUGUGGUCUCAUCCGCCAUUUCAGCUGAUCCCCAUGCUGCGUUGGCCUGGGCCGGAGUUAUGGUGGCUCUCCCAGUGCUCGCAAAUAUCUUAAAGCAGGACUCGGAUGCCAUGAGUGUAUUGGAUGGCAUUUCUGCUCUGCUGGUGCGCUACCGCUAUGUGGAAGAAGACAAGUACUACAGAGCCGCUAUGACCUCAGCGACCUCGGUUGACAAGGUGAAUCUUCUUUUGCUCAUCCAAGACAAAUUCGUCGAUAUGUAUUCCCAGAUAUAUAUCUACCAGCUCCGCCUCAUAAAGCAUUUCAGACAUCAUAGAGCCGCUAGAUAUUUCGAAAAUCUGAAGGACAGCCUCGGAGACGAAAAUUGGAGUACGAGCCUGAAUAAGCUACAGACAACAAGGGAUGGCCUCGAUCGCGACCUGGAAUCUGUCACAAACGGCAUGAUCUUUGAGAUUGGGAGCAAAGUCGAUAAGUUUUCGAAAAUGGUCGAGGACCUCAAGAAGGAGUUGAGAAACCAGACUCGUCUGAUGUCAGAGCAGAGAGAUCGAAUAUUGAGGGCUUUCAAGUACUCUGCCAUGGCCCCAUUCGAUUCAUACAAGAACGCUGAAGAGCCAAGGUGUCUCAUAGACACCCAAGUGGAGACGUUGGACAUGCUUCAGAACUGGUGCAAGGGCGAUGGAAAUCCAGUGCUCUGGCUUCAUGGGAUGGCUGGAACGGGCAAGUCAACAAUUGCUCGGACUAUUGCAUGGGCGCUUCAGGACAGACAGUGGCCAGACGGUAGCCCUGUUGAUAUCAAUAUCAGACUAGGGGGAAGCUUCUUUUUCAAUCAAUUUGAGCCGGAACGCAACAACAGCCAGUACCUUUUCCCAACCCUGACCCAGUGCUUGGCAGAGUCCUUGCCGGACAUAAGGCAGUACAUUGUUGAUGCCAUUGAUCAAGAUGCGCGCAUCGAAGAGAAAGGACUUCGGGUACAAUGGGCUAAUCUCAUAUCUGGGCCACUGCAUAAGCUUACCAGUUCUUCACAAGCUCACUGGCGCUUCAUUAUGAUUGUUGAUAGCCUUGAUGAGUGUGGGGACCAAGACAAAAUUGCCACUGUGUUGAAACUGUUGGCCUCCCUAAGAGAUCUGCCAUCGGUUCGAUUUCUAAUCACCAGUCGCCCAGAAGCCCACAUUCGAUUUGCUCUUGAGAGCCUGCCACCCGAACUGUACCAUUCUCAGCCACUUCAUAAAAUCUCACCUAAGAGUGAUGACAUCACUCGCUUUCUUGAAGCAGAGUUAAAAAGAAUUUGGGAAAAUUACAAAUCCGCGAUACCAGAGGGCUGGCCAGGCCAAGAGAACAUCGAAAAGCUGAAGGAGAAGUCAGAUGGACUUUUUGUAUAUGCUUCAACGUGUUGUCGGUUUUUGGAAGAUCCAUACCACUAUUCUUCCCGACUGGAUCAAAUUCUUAAAGACAAUAGCGAAGCCGAAACCCCACAGGCGAAGUUGGACAACAUUUAUAUCAGGGUCAUAAAGCUGUCUCUGAAUGCGAGAACCAAGAAAGAGCGGGAAAUCAUGAUCGAAGACUUCCGACUGAUUGUUGGGACAAUCAUGGUAACAUUCAAGCCAGCCUCAGCUUCCACUUUAGAAGCACUUUUGUUCUCUCCAUCCUCGAAGGAUAAGCGUAUCCAAAGAUGCGUUGAGCCUCUCAAAUCUCUUUUGGAUGUUCGGACAGCAAAUGAUCCAAUCCGUCCAGUUCAUCUUUCUUUGCGCGACCUUUUGUUGAGUCGUGAGCGCUGCAAAAGCACCCCAGAGCUUUACAUCAAUCCUCAACAGCUGCACUUGAUCUUGUUUGAAAGAUAUGUUCCCUCGGAAAGUCUGGAGACUUUCCUACCAGCUGCAUUGUGUUACGCGUGUCGCUAUUGGAUCGAUCAUUUGAUGCAGCUGGGCAGUGAUGAGCAAAGCGAGCUGCUGAAUGAUAAUGGGGGCAUUCUUGAAUCCUUUCUUCAACAAAAGCUUCUCUUCUGGUUCGAAGCCUUGAGCCUCAUGGGUGAGCUUGAAGUUGGUGUUUCUCAACUCAAUGCUCUCCAAAACCUUGUCAGAGUAUUUCAAUCAACGUAG